AUGGGGACUAUACGCCUCAGUCUUUUCCUAAUGCUGUGUUUAGGAUUUCACAGGUCAUCUACAAAACUUCUGAAACGACAAAAAAGAAACUGGAUCAUUGAUUCCUUUGCUAUCAACGAAGGCUACGGAGGACCGUUCCCAUACAACCUGGGCAAAAUUGAAAUUGAGAAGAAUUACACUUUCUUCGAGAUACAUGGUGAAGGUGUUGAAAAGGAGCCCAUAGGCUUGUUAAAAAUCGACUCAAGCAGUGGAAUGAUAACCGUCAACGGCCCAGUCGACCAUGAGAAAUACAAAGUUUUAAAGCUGGCGUUUCAGGCCCGUAAUAAAGAAAGUCUUGUUAUAGACACUAGGCUCGGCAUUGAGAUAACUAUUGAAGACGCAAACGACAACCCUCCAGUGUUUACACUCAAUAAAUAUGAGGUCAGCAUAAAGGAGGCAACAGUACAAGGCACUGAACUGACCACAGUUAUGGCAAGCGAUAAGGAUAGUACUUUGGCCUUUAGAACUUUUGAUUUUACACUAAAGCAAGUCACUCCAAAGGAAGAUGGGCUGAAGUUCUACUUAGAACAGAGCGGAAAUACUGCAAGUAUUUCAUUUUACGGCUGCCUGGACCACGAGAGUGCAGAGAAAUACGCCCUUAUAGUGGAGGCCAAAGACAAAGGAACACCCAACCAGCUCUCCAGCUCCAGCACCAUCAUCAUCAACAUAGAAGACGGAAAUAACCACUUACCUAAAAUCACUGGACAAACAGGUCCUGGGAAAGUGAAAGAAGGAGUGGAUAAAGUUGAAGUUGCACGUAUACAAGUUACAGACACAGACCAGAAAGAUACAGAUGCCUGGAGAGCCAAAUAUUCCAUCCAAGGAGACACAGACAACAACUUCAUAAUCACUACUGAUCCUAAAACCAACGAGGGAAUACUGUAUGUGGAAAAGGAACUGGACUAUGAAAAGACUAACAUGAAGGACCUUAUAAUCAGUGUAGAAAAUCUGAUCGCCUAUUCCUCAUGUGAAGUAGAGAGUCGCAGCAGCACUGGUCUUUGGAAAGUGGUCACUAGUGGUGGUGCAGCAGCUGGGACAGGGAUAAAACAGAAGCAGUCCACCCGCAAAGUCACAGUGAUGGUGGAGGAUGUCAAUGAGUCUCCAUUCUUCGACACAAACAACUAUUACGUUCAUCUGAUUGAGAAUACCGUGGUGGGAAAGUAUCUGAAGACAGUGACAGCUAAAGACCCUGACACUGCCACCACCAGCAAAAUUGCAUACGCAAUGGGAGACGAUCCAGCCAGUUGGGUGACAGUGGACUCCAAGACUGGAAAAAUAACCACAAAAGACAUCAUAGACCGAGAGUCAUCCUUUGUCAAAAAAGGACUCUACAAUGUCACAAUACUUGCUGUUGACAAUGGAAAACCUGCAAUGACAGGCACCACAACCGUGGUCAUCCGUGUUGGCGAUGAGAACGACAAUGUUCCGUCCCUGCCUGAGAACAUAAUUGACAUUUGCGAUACUGAUGGACAGUCAAUGACCAACAUCACGGCUGUAGACCCGGAUGAAGAACCUUACGGUGGACCUUUCACCUUCAAGCUGGAUGAAAAACAUGAGGGCAAGUGGAAGCUUGACCCUACAGAAGGGUUUUCAGUCGACCUGGUGAGAGAGCCGAUCGUUCACUCCGGAGAUUAUGAGUUGACACUGGAAAUUUCUGACCUUCAGGGCAAAAAAUCUGUACAAACCCUGUUAGUUACUGUGUGUAAAUGCUUAAACCCAGCGAGGCCCAGCUGUCGCAUCCGUGCAGUCAAAGGCUCCUCAGUAGGACCAGGAGGGCUUGGGAUCAUUUUUUUUGGCCUACUACUGCUUGCAGGUGUGCUACUUUUGGCUUUUCUGCUGUCAUGUGAGAAAAAGCACUGUCCAAUCCCAAGUGACGAGUCAGUACAAAAUCUGAUGACCAGUAACAUCGAGAAACGGGGAACAGAUUGCAGAGUUGAGUCGUUCAACAGAGGACAAAUUCAGAGUGAGGAAGUCAGAAAGACGUCUAGUGCUGCCAACGUGAAGAAAACAAACUCAGCAGCAGCAGCAGCAGCGGUGAUGUCAAUGAAGCACAUUUCAAUGCCACAUAAUGGCAUGACUACAACUGAAUUCCAUCAAAGGGACUCUUGGAUGGGCCAGUCAACAAUGGAACAAAGCAUGGCAUUUGGGAACUCUAUGAAUCAGUCAAUGGGUGCAGCAUCAAUGACAAAUAACAGGCUCAGGAACUCAAUGCGUGGGACCUGGGGGGGACACAGUCAGUAUUCUUCAAACCGGAACAGAUUCCAGGAUUCAUAUGCUGCAGAUUCAGAGGAUGUUGAAAUCCAACGUUCAACCGUGCUCAACGCACUUAAUCGGAUGCUGUACAGACUGCAGGCACCAGAAGAGGAGCUGGGUGAUUAUGCUCCUCAUGAGUAUGCUGAGGAGGGAGACACUAGGACCAGGUUUGAGCUGGACGCCAUCUCCAUCGCUGAUGAUUCCUUUGACCCGGCCAAGGACCUGGACCUGGACGAUAAGUUCCACACUCUGGCCUCAGUCUGCAUGCAGAAUACAAGCAGUGGCUACAGUACCACGUCCUAUACUCAAGUGUCAAACAUUGUCAACUACUCGGAUUUACAUGCAAGUCCUACAAUGGACACUCCACUCAUGUUUGCUCAAGCUUUUAACCCUGAAUUACAGUAUUAGCUGGUUGGACCAUGAGUUUUUUAGGGGAUUUUUUUCAGGGAUCGCAGCAACUUUUUUUUUAAACAUUUUUGCUACAUUUGUUUUUGGAAUUAGCCAGUAGUACUUGAAUUUUGGUAAAAUAUGUUUUGCAUGUUUCUAUUGUGAUAAGCGGUUAAGGAUGAUGAAUGAAUGAAUGUUUCUAUACACAGCAAAAUCUGUAGUGUUGUUUUUUUUGCAGAGUUAAUAAUUUUGAGUUGUUCGGUGUUGAUUUUGGAGUUUUUUAUUUUUUGUUUUUUGUUGA